GGGUAUGAAGGGAUUCGGACGGAACCCGCCCAAUGAACAUACCUUGACCAAUCAAAACCAUAUCCAGUUCAUUCUAGCUGUACCAUUGUGCUUUCUAGUUCCUCAGUCUGAUCAAGGAUCAAUGGACGACGGUGAACAAAAAAAUAAUGCUCCACACGGUCUGCCCACAAUGCUGCGCAGGCAAUACAGCCUCAACCUUUCCGCGGACCUGCUGCGAACGGAGAGUUUUAUCGGCGGUAAAUGGGUGUCUACACCUUCAGCCUUCCCUGUACUGGACCCCGCAACGGGCAAGAAAAUCGCGAAUGUGUCUGAUUGUGGUCCACAGGAAGCCCGAGACGCUGUCAGUGCAGCGUACACUGCUUUCUACUCCUGGAAAGAACAGACGGCUAAGGAAAGAAGCGAUCUUCUGCGAAAGUGGUUUAAUCUUCUAAUACAACAUAAGGAGGACCUUGCUAAGCUUAUCACUGCGGAGUGUGGAAAGCCCAUGAAGGAGUCCCUGGGGGAGAUUGCGUACUCCGCCUCCUUCCUGGAGUGGUUUUCUGAGGAGGCUAACCGCGUCGAUGGAGAUGUAGUGUCCUCAAACGCCAAGGACCGCAAGAUCAUCCUGCUCAAGCAGCCAGUGGGCGUGGCCUCCAUCAUCACUCCUUGGAAUUUCCCCAGCGCCAUGAUCACCCGGAAAGUGGGCGCAGCUCUGGCAGCAGGCUGUACGGUCGUGGUGAAGCCGGCUGAGGACACGCCCCUCUCUGCCCUGGCACUAGCUGAGCUGGCUGGGCAGGCUGGGAUCCCCGCAGGUGUGUUCAACGUGGUCCCCUGCUCCAGAGAGCGCACCCCUGCCGUUGGGGAGAUCCUCUGCACGGACCCCAUGGUGGGAAAGAUCUCCUUCACUGGCUCUACAGCUACUGGCAAGAUUCUGCUCAAGCAUGCUGCUGAAACGGUGAAGCGUGUUUCCAUGGAGCUGGGCGGAAACGCCCCCUUCAUUGUCUUUGACAGUGCAGACGUGGACAGGGCUGUAGCUGGAGCCAUGGGUUCAAAGUUCAGGAACUCUGGUCAGACGUGCGUAUGCUCCAACCGCUUCCUGGUGCAGAGCGGGAUCCACGACCAGUUUGUGGAGAAGCUGGGGAAGGCGAUGGAUGCGGAGCUGCGUCUGGGACAUGGGUCCGAGCCCACAACCACACAGGGCCCCCUCAUAAACGUCCGGGCUGCCGAGAAGGUGGAGCAUCAGAUUGCGGACGCUGUGUCUCAGGGUGCCACUUUGCUGAGGGGGGGGAAGCGUCUAGAGGGCUCCUUCAUGCAGCCCACCCUGCUGACCAAUGUCACCACCGACAUGCUCUGCACUCAGGAGGAGACCUUCGGACCCCUGGCCCCCGUCAUCAAGUUUAACACAGAGAAGGAAGCACUAACGAUCGCUAACUCAUCACACGUGGGCUUGUCAGGGUACUUUUUCUCCCAGGAUGUGAGUCAGAUCUGGCGGGUCGCGGAGCAGCUGGAGGUGGGCAUGGUGGGAGUGAACGAGGGGCUCUUAUCCACCGCAGUGGCCCCUUUUGGGGGGGUCAAGCAGUCUGGCCUGGGCAGGGAAGGCUCCAAAUAUGGCAUGGCUGAGUACCUGGAAAUCAAGUACAUGUGCUUCGGAGGCCUGACACCCUGACCACCUCUCACCUCCCCCCCGCCCCCCCCACACACACACACACACACCACACACACACACACACACACCACACACACCUUGGACUGAGGUUUGCAGUGAGACGUCAGGCCAUUUUAAAAGCACAGCUCCUCUAACCAAGACAAUCUACACAUUGAAUUCAUCGCACGCUUCCAAUCCUAAACACAAGCCUGAAAUUAAGUUCUUGCAGUUGUUAUCAAUGUAAUCAUCUGUGAAAGCUAAAUUUGCAUUGGCUACAAUCCUGCCAUCAAAUUUAUUAAAAUACACGAGAAGACACCAGUCUUAUCACUGGCGGUUCUUGCGUCCAGGCAAUAAAUACUGUAUAUCACCAGUAGAAUUCAUACUUUAGCAGUCAGUGUUGUUUUGUCUGUUAGCGAUCAUGGCCAGGAUGACAUGGUCUUAACAUUUUCAAUCAAGGAAGAAUAUAGCACAUUGUCCUCCUCUUUGCACAAAUGUAGACUUUCCUUUGACUGGUCUUCGAUCCUUAUGUGUCACAUUGAUAUAAAAACACUUCUGUGACUAGCUGUAUAUUGGGGGAAAACAGUGGUACUGUGGAACAGCAAUGGGAGAAUUUUGUGACAUUAAGAUGGAAUCUAUAUGCCCAUACUUCACUGAGGGUACUGUCAAGGGCAGCUACUGUGGUGGGGCCCUGUAUCAAGCACAUUUUGAGUUUAAUGUUUGAGUUUGUGAAACCAGUAAAAGACACUAUUUUAACAAGGUUUAAAGAUGCAUAUGAAAAUAUUCUUCAUAUGACAAUGAAAAUGUAUUUUGUUUUAUUUGAAAAAGUGAAACAUUAGGCAAUCAUGAGCAAGUGUCAGUGCCUGAUUACAGCUAAUCACAAGUAUUAGCAGUUAGUGAAGCCUCACUUGCCCAUGGAUGAAAAUAUAACUAAAUGCUCAAAUAUGUAUUCUGCAGGCUUGAUAAGUUGUGUAAUUGUUAUAGUUAAAUAUUUUCCUUUAUAUUAAUAAACAAACAUUGUUUACCAGCCAGGCAGAUAGCUUACUGAUGUUAAAAUGGUUCUUAAUUGCAGCUGUUUUUAUCAUGUCAUGUUGUAAUGUCUGAUCUAACUUGUUUUAGCCUGAUUUGUUUAAAUAAACAGAAAUUGAUUCAUAGACGUACCGUACCCUAUACCCAUUAUACCUCAUAAUGAUCAUCCAAAACCUCAAGCAUUCUCAUCGGAAAUGUGUAUGACUAGGUUUUUGUGCUGCCAAAUCUUUUCCUGUCCAUAAGUGCCAUUCUAAUUAGUUAAAGAAUCUCAUGUGAAUUUUUAUUGUACAAAGUAGUCAAGGGUAUUUCUAAUGACUGUAAAUGUUAAUGGAAUAAUGUGAAUAAAAAGAUUAUAAUGUUUU